ACCUUCUCCCUCCCCAGCUCUUUUAUUUCUCACCCUUUGUUGCCCCAUUUCUGACACUGCAGCCUUCUGCCUUCCCCCAACCUAACAUCUUACCGUGAGCGAAUGCCGGCCAAGGCUCCCGGCCCAGAAGUUACGGCAGAGCCUCUUUGGAAAUACUAUCCAUGUCUUCAGCUAUGACUGGAAAAAGGCCUAUUUCAGGUUCCAUGAUCCUUUUUCUGACCUGGCUUUCACUUUGGAAGUGGGAAAGGGAGGUGCCCGAAGCAUUCAGAUGGCAGUUCAAGGAUUCAUCAUCAAAGGCUUGUUGUUUACCAGGAAGGGAAAGGACUGUAACUUUCACAGUUUGUGUGCAGUCAGCAAACAGGAGCAAGAGCAGGCCCUGGCUGCGGCACUGGCUGGCAUCCUGUGGGCGGCAGGAGCAGCUGAGAAGGCCACCGUCUGUCUUGUCACUGAGCACACUUAUGUCACCUCCAAUCCUGACUACUCGGGCGAUGAUUUCACCGAGCGGCUCCAGCUGUUUGAACUUUUAGAGAAAGAAGCCACUGAGAAAUUCGUCUAUGAUCAUUUACAAUGUUUCAAAGAGGAAGGAGGCCAUGGUGUCAUCUUGUUUCUUUACAGCCUGAUCUUCUCCAGAACAUUUGAAAGGCUUCAGAAGGACCUAGAUGCUUCCAGCACUCAUCUGUUACAACCACACGCUGGGGGCUUCCUGUGCAGGCAGGCAGUUUUGAACAUGAUUUUAACUGGAAGAGCAAGUCCGAAUGUCUUCAAUGGCUGUCAGAAAGGAAAGUCUCAAGAAAUAUUGCACGGGGUCCUGACCCGCAGUGACGUUGGAUAUUUGUGGUGGGGUAAGGACACCUCAGAGGAUGACAGGCUUUCACAGGUGGGCAGCAGGCUGAAGACUCCCAAAUUACCUAUUUGGCUAUGCAACAUUAAUGGAAAUUCCAGCGUCCUUUUUAGCACAAACAGGCAGCUCUUAUCAGACUGGAAAGUGGAGCGUCGCUUUGAUCUGUACUUUUACGGAGGCCAGCCCCCACAGAAGAAGCCUGUGCAGCUUACAGUAGAUACUCACUCCCAUCACUGGGAAAGAAACCAACCUGGAGAUGGACAUGUAGCAGGAAGACGGUUUUCUCCAGUGGAGAUGCUAAUCAGAACCAAGUGGAGAGAAGCCACCAUCAACUGGAAUGGAACCAUUCCCUUUUUCUAAAAAGAAAGCCAGUAUGCACAAUGAUGUCUGAGGUGUCAGAACUGCUGUCAUAAAAGCCUAAUAUGGGGGAAGACCGUUUCCCUUCUAUGGUCCUCAUUCAUGGGAACCCCACUGAAAAACCCCAUCAGCAACUUUUUCUCUCUUUUUUUCUUUUUUUGUGCCUCUGUUAAGCCCUCUGCAGUUGCUUUCGGUGCUAUAGAACAACAAGAUCUGCAAGGUGUCUUCUCUAUACUUGCAUAGAUGGGCUCCUUCAUUUUAUUCAAUAGAGCAAAUGAAGUGUCU